GCUAAUUGAUUAAUGAUUAAUUUAAUGAAGAUACCACGCCUCUCGAACGGCCUUCAGAAAAACACGCUCUCUCAUUGGGUAAUAUUAUUUAAGGUGUAACGUGAUUGGUCGACUCGUUCAUCGAUGGGAUUAGCUUCAGACCGCUUUGUGCUGUUUAAUCUAAGACAUUUUAUUAUGAUAGAUGUUCGGUCUGGACCGAAGUCCGUAUUUUGUCGUGGACUGGUACCGAAACAUCAGCAGAACUAAACAAAUGUACACUUAAAAGUGGACCGGUGCUGAUGUUAAAAAGUCACAGAAGAUGGCACCACUGAGUCAGUAAAGCUGUCAAGAUGCGAGAAGAAGAGUUUUCACACUGGCUAUGUUAUUUAUUUGAAGCAUGGCUCUUGUUCCUUACGAGGAAAACCCGCUUCCUGCGUUUUCCAAACUCCAUAACUCCUCAGCACAAUUCCGUUUUGCCAACCAGGAGCUCCGUCUGGCUCAGGACUGGAAGAGGCUGGGGGUGGCUGCAGUUGUCUGGGACGCAGCGGUUGUUAUGUGUAUGUAUCUGGAGCUCGGAGCAGUGGAGCUGAAGGGGAAGAAGGUCGUUGAACUGGGAGCUGGGACGGGACUGGUGGGGAUCGUGGCAGCUCUGCUGGGUGCUCAUGUGACCAUCACAGACAGGGAGCCUGCCCUGGAGUUCCUGUCUGCCAACGUUGCGGCCAACCUCCCCCCACCGGCCGGUGACUUGGUGGUGGUCUCUGAGCUGACCUGGGGUCAGGGCCUGGAGCGUUUCCCGGAAGGAGGAUUUGACGUGGUUCUGGGAGCGGACAUCGUUUACCUGGAGGAGACCUUCCCCUCCCUGCUGCGGACCCUGGAGCAUUUAUGCUCGGGCAGCACCGUCGUUUUGCUGGCCUGCAAGAUCCGCUACGAACGGGACGCGCGCUUCCUGAGCAUGCUGAGGCGCAGCUUCACCGUGGAGGAGGUCCACUACGACAAAGACAGGGACAUCCGUCUGUACAAGGCGUCCAGACUCCCUAGAAGAAGGGAUUUAUGACAAGUCAGAUUUAUAUUUUACAAAGCAAUCCAGGAGGGUUUAAGAGAAUUUUUUUUAAAAGAAAAGGAAGAAAAGAACAAGAACAUGUUUAUUUUCAGCUGCCAAAACUCUCAUUUAUAUGGCUCUAACAUAAAUGCACUGUUAUACAUGUUAAUGUUGACAUUUAGAAAACGUGAAUAAAAAAAUUAAAAAGCAACAUAAAAAACAGCAUACCAAUUGAUGACCAUACAUAAGAGUACAAUAUGGCAUUCUGUUUCAUAAAAAUUACAGCUUUGUUCCGAUUUGGACUUACUAUACAUCGCGUUUUCAGGGUUUCGUGAAAUUUGGACCAAAUCCCGUCUUUAACCAAACACCCGUCAGCGUUUGGUUCAGGGAGCGGUUAGCUCUGAGCUUCUCAAAUUUCUUUUUUAAAAAUGUCUCGGGAUUGUAAAAGCAAGGAAAGUGCACACGCUGCUUUGUUGUCUUACAGACUCCUCAGGUGAGAGGGGGAGACGUGGGCGUCUUUAUUUA